UCUUGAAGCCUCACCGGAAAUAAGUUAGUGCCUUUCCUGUAGGUAUCACCAACAAUAGUUAUUCUAUUUAUUGUGUUUGUACAGACUGGUGCAUUAUGUUGCGGCUCAGAUGUAAAACCCGAGAGGGCACUCAACUUCUUCAAGGCCUCACAGACCGCUCCAGUAUUCGGGAGUUGCAAGAGCGUAUUGCUGGUGUUACUGGUAUUUCAGGGCCACUGCAGCGCGUAAUGGUGGGGUUUCCCCCUCUAUCCCUGGACUUAAGCGACGAAGAGGCCACAUUAAAGAACAUGUCCAUCAAAUCCGGAGACACGCUUAUUGUGGAAGAAGAUAAAAGUAAGCUGAGGUCAGCAACUCCUCCCGUUUCCAAAACAGACAUCGGUAAUUGGAAUGCACCAGCACAGCCAACAAUUGUCCGGAGGGUAGUUCCAGCAGAUAACUCAUGUUUGUUCACAAGCAUUUACUAUGUGGUAGAAGGGGGUGUUUAUGACCCAGCAUGCGCCCUAGAAAUGCGCAGCCUUAUUGCAGAGAUUGUGGCCAGUGACCAGUCUGCUUACUGUGACGCUGUUCUUGGUAAAAGUAAUGAGGAAUAUUGCUCAUGGAUUAGAAGAGAAGACACAUGGGGAGGUGCUAUUGAAGUUUCCAUUCUCUCCAAAUUCUACCAGUGUGAAAUUUGUGUGGUAGACACUCAGACUGUACGGAUAGAUAGAUUUGGGGAAGAUUCUGGUUAUACCAAACGUGUUUUACUAAUUUAUGAUGGUAUACACUAUGAUCCAUUACAACGUCAGUUUCCAGAUCCUGACAUGCCUCCAAUGACCGUCUUUUCCACAACAGAUGAUGAAGCUCUUGUACAGGCUAUGGAGCUUGCAGAUGAUGCUAGGAAGAAGAGGCAGUUUACAGAUGUAAACCAAUUUGCUCUGCGUUGCAUGGCGUGUCAGAAAGGGUUGACUGGGCAGUCAGCUGCAAGGGAUCAUGCCAAGGAGACCGGGCAUACCAAUUUUGGUGAGGUGUGACAUUUUUCUCACACUGCUUAUGAGUCAAUGUCAACUACCUCACACAAACUAAAAAAAUAA